AGGAUGUUGAAGCAUUGAUGGUAGAGGUGUAAACAUGGACUGCGUCACAGGGAAAAACUUCCCCCAAACAUUUAACCCCAAACUACCCCAAAAGAAUGAAUAUUGUCACCUACUUCACUGUUCCACGGUUCCACCACUCUCUCUUCCCCACCUUAUCACUUUCAAUCAUACCAAAAAAAAAUUCGAAUUCUCUCUUUUUCCCAUAUCACUCCACCAAGUUAUAUUCCCCCCCUUCAAGAUUUGAUCAUCCGCCAUGAAGAAGCUUUACAGAAAAAGCACUGUUCACCCAACUCCAGCUCCUCCUCCUCCGCCGUCACUUUCAACCCGGCUCGCUUUCCUGCCGGCGGCGAUCUUGGCCCUCCUAGCCUCCUUGUCCGAGGAGGACAAACAAGUCCUGUCUUAUUUCCUGUUUUGCCCUUCUGCAACCCUCUCCACCCCCCACGCCUUUAUGAAGGGCCGCGGCGGUGGCGGAGGCGCUGCUGACCACCACCCGCCGUCCCCCAGCUGCUACUGCUUCAACUGCUACCGGAGUUUCUGGGCGAGAUGGGAUUCUUCUCCGGACCGCCGGAUCAUAGACGAGAUUGUGGAAGCUUACGAGGACGGGUUACAGAGGAAGAAGGAGAAGAACAGGAAGAAGGAAACAAGGAAAAUUGGUAAAGGGCCGGCGGUGGGUUUGAAGAGUAAGGAUGAUUCCGGCGAAUCCGGCGCUGUGCCGGAGAUGCCCGGCGAUUCUGGUGGCGGAGGAGAUGGCGGAGCCGCCGAGAGAGGAUCGGUGAGGAGAUUUGUGGGUUUUCUUGGAGAGAAGAUUUGGAGUGUUUGGACUUGAUGAAGCCAUGAAAACUCUAUAUAUUUUUUUCUUCUCAUUUUGACCAUUUCAUCCUCUCUUUGCAAUGGCAGCUUCUGCAUUUCUUUGCCACAAUCUGUGAAUUGAUCUGUUUAGUUAUUUUAGUUUCUCAUCAAACUCCACACACACACAGUGUGUGCG